AUGUCUGCCGAAGAGGAUCUUAUCGAUUACUCCGACGAGGAGCUUCAAGCCACCGAGGCCCCAGCUGCCGCCGGCGCGACAAAUGGAGCCGCAAAGAAAGGGGACUUGACAGUCACUGGCGGCAAGGCAGCAGACAAGGGUAAAGGCAGCUAUGUCGGCAUCCAUUCCACCGGAUUCAGAGAUUUCUUGCUCAAGGGCGAGCUCCUACGAGCCAUCACCGACUGCGGUUUCGAACAUCCUUCGGAGGUCCAACAAAAGUGUAUCCCUCAGGCUCUCCUCAGCGUCGACAUCCUUUGUCAGGCCAAGUCCGGUCUCGGUAAAACAGCCGUCUUCGUCUUGACCACAUUGCACCAGCUGGAACCGGUCCCUGGCGAAUGCUCCGUGUUGGUUAUGUGCCACACUCGCGAGCUGGCCUACCAGAUCAAGAAUGAAUACGCAAGAUUCAGCAAGUACCUUCCGGACGUCAAAACCGCCGUUUUCUACGGCGGAACUCCCAUUCAGAAGGACAUCGAACUGCUCAAGAACAAGGAGACCUUCCCCAACAUCAUCGUCGGCACUCCGGGUCGACUCAACGCUCUCGUCCGCGACAAGAUUCUGUCCCUGCGCAAUGUCAAGGCCUUUGUUCUUGACGAGUGUGACAAGAUGCUUGACCAGAUCGAUAUGCGUCGCGACGUCCAAGAGAUCUUCCGAGCGACCCCCACCGAGAAGCAGGUCAUGAUGUUCAGCGCCACCCUUCCUCUUGAGAUCCGGCCCAUUUGCAGAAAAUUCAUGAGAAACCCGCUGGAAGUCUUUGUCGACGACGAGACCAAGCUCACUCUUCACGGUCUACAACAAUAUUCCAUCCGACUUAGCGAAGGCGAGAAGAACCGAAAGCUGAACGAGCUGCUUGACACCCUCGAGUUCAACCAGGUCAUCAUCUUCGUCAAGAGCACUUUGCGUGCGACCGAGCUCGACAAGCUGCUUCGUGAAUGCAACUUCCCGAGUAUUGCAGUCCACUCUGGAAUCAGCCAGGAAGAACGUAUCAAGCGUUACAAGGAGUUCAAGGAGUUCAACAAGCGGAUCUGCGUCGCCACGGAUGUGUUUGGACGUGGUAUCGACAUUGAACGUAUCAACCUUGCCAUCAACUACGAUUUACCUGCAGAUGCUGAUUCGUAUCUUCACCGUGUCGGCCGUGCCGGUCGGUUUGGUACGAAGGGUCUCAGCAUCUCGUUCGUCAGCAGUGAGCAGGAUGAGGCCGUGUUGAAGGAAAUUGAGCGAAGAUUCGAAGCCAAGGUGCCUGAAUAUCCAGAGGGCGGUGUCGACUCCAGCACAUAUAUGGCUUCUUAG